AUCUGACACUUUACCAUGGCUCAACGAAACCUAUGUGAACUCAAAGCUACAACUGCGUGAGGAAAAUUUUGAAAUGCUUGGACUUCAAAUAAAGGCUUGUUUUUCAUAAUGGCCUGGUUAAAACUCUGCCUAUUUGUGUUGUUAUUCGUAGAAGUGCAAAGUAGAGGAAACAGAAAGUUUUGUCCAUCUGAGUGUCAUUGUAAAGAGAACAAGAUUGAUUGCAGCCGGCUCAAUUUCACCGAAAUCGCUCGAGAGGUAUUACGAUACAAUGGAACAAUACGUUGUAACAAGUUAAAUCUGGAAGGAUGUGGUAUCAACGGAGAAAUUCCAAAAGGCUUCUUGAAAAAGUUUCCAAAUCUUAAGUUAUUACGACUGUCCAACAAUCAUCUAAGAAAGGUUCCAGAUCUGACAAAUUUGCCAAACUUGGACACAUUAUUCUUGUCCUCAAACGAUAUAACAAAAUUUGAUUCAGAUGCAUUUCAAGGACCAAGAAAGCUCAAAUACUUAUAUUUAGAUAGAAAUGGAAUUGUGGCUGUACCAUCUGCUGCCCUGUAUCCUCUGAAAAGACUCCAAACAUUGUCAUUGAAGGGAAACAGAAUUAAGAAAGUGAAAAGCAGAUCAUUUUAUGGACUUAAAAAGCUUUAUCGAUUGAAUUUGGACUCCAAUCACAUUAAGAAAGUUGCAAUAAGAGCUUUUCACGGCCUACUGUCUCUACGAGCAUUAAAAUUGAAUGGAAAUGCAAUCAAAGUUUUAAAGGAUGGUUGUUUUGCUGGACUGUCUUCAUUAACAACAUUAAAUCUCAAAGAUAACAACCUUUCUCAGUUUCCCAAAAAAGUACUCCAAGAUGUGAAGCAAGUAUCAACACUGGUCCUUGGCAGAAACAAGAUCUCAUCAAUACCUCCUUUUGCAUUUGAUGGAUUUUCCUCUCUCAAAGCUUUGGAUAUUUGGAAUCAAGUUCAUCUGAAGACUGUGUCACACACAGCUUUCAGAAACAUGGCCUCAUUGUCAAAGCUAAAAGUUCAUUGCAACAACGGAGCAACAAAACUGACCCAGUUUCCUGAUCUAAAAGGAACUCUCAAGCUGAAAGAAUUGGAUCUCACGUACUGCAAUCUUCAAGACAUGCCUGCUGACUUCUGCCAAAAUCGAACUCAUCUGAUAACACUAAAUCUUUUAUGGAACAAAAUCCAUACAUUGCCAAAGAUGCAGGCGUGCAAACAUUUGAAGUUCCUUGAUCUGAAGCAUAAUAGAAUCGAAUCUCUUGAUGGGGCUCUUACGAAUGUGAAAACGUUGAUGGAUCUGGACUUGAGUUCAAAUCACAUCAAACGCAUCGAAAAGGAUGACUUUCUUGGUUUGAAAAGGGUUGAUAAACUUGACCUUUCGCAUAACCUUAUCGAAGAUAUCCACCCUGGUGCGUUUGAAAGCUUCCACAAGUUGGAAGUAUUAUCAUUGGAGAGCAAUAAGCUAAAGAAAUUCCCGACCAAUGGCCUGGAGGCACUGACCCUCAUCAAUACAAAGGGUAACCCUGACAUGUUUGACUUCCCAUCGCACAGUAAGUUACCCAAAAUUAGAGCGCUCAUCGUGCACUACCCGUAUCAUUGUUGCUAUUACAGAGACAAGGAGCUUAAGGAGGAGGACUCAGUUGUUGUUAGAGGCUUGUCGCAAUGGAAGUUCAAUUGGCUUUGGGAUAGUGGAAACGAGACUGUUUCUGAUGACGAUGACGAAUGGCCUACGGAUAUCCCAGAUCAUGUCGAGGAGGAGGAUCUAGAACCAUUAGUUAAUAUUAACUCCACUAACGGAGAUAAAAAUGAUCACGUGUCUAUACCUGUUCUUAAGGAUGAUCCAAUUCCGCUGAAAAAGAAGGUUGAAUGUCAACCAAGACCAAACGUAUUUUAUCCCUGUGAUAAUUUGAUGACGAAGCAGUGGCUGAGAAUCUGCGUGUGGAUCGUGUUCCUGUUGGCACUCAUCGGCAACAGCGUUGUGCUUUUUGUAAUUUUUGCCAAUUGCUCCAAGUUUGACGUCCAGCGAUUUCUGACUCUCAAUCUGGCCAUUGCAGAUUUGUUGCUUGGCGUUUACCUCGGAUUUUUAGCAGUUGUUGAUAUCAUGACGUUUGGAAACUUUCGCGCCAAAGCUCUUGAAUGGCAGUUUAGUCCACAGUGCAAAGCGGCUGGUUUCAUCGCAGUUCUAUCCAGCGAGUUAUCCGUUUACACUCUGCUUGUCAUUACAAUAGAACGUUUCAUAACCAUUAAGUACUCUAUGUAUAUCAACAAGCAGAUGAGCGUAACCAAGGCUGUUGUUAUCAUGAUCUUUGGCUGGGUCUUUUGCAUAGCAUUAGCAGUGAUGCCAAUACUGCAAUUCAAUACUGAAAAUGGUGUUCUCCAUUUUAGUGGCUACACAAAGUACAGUAUUUGUCUUCCAUUUGAUGUCCCAGAUGAGUCAUCUAUCUCUCACACGCCUUCAAUUGUUUAUCUUUCAUUCGUUUUGGUUUUCAAUAUUUUCGCAUUUACCAUGAUCGUGUUCUGUUACGUGAAAAUCUUCCUCUCCGUUCGUGGUUCUGGUGCUUUCAACUCUGGUGACUCGCGUGUUGCAAAGAGAGUCGCGUUGCUUGUUUUCACCGAUUUCGCAUGCUGGUUUCCAAUCUGCAUACUUGCAUUGGCGGCUAUCCAUGGCGCACCCCUUUUCAAAGAUCUCUGGUUAGCCAAAGUGUUCACUGUUUUUGUCUUCCCCCUGAAUGCCUGUGCCAAUCCUUUCCUUUACGCCAUAUUUACCAAACAAUUCCACAAAGAUUGCUCUGCCAUGUACCGCCAGAUGAAGCAAUCAGACAUUCGACUAUUUGAUCGUCUGAACAAGAAAUUGCACCCAAGUAACUGGAAACUGUCGCCAAGUUACCAGGCUUUCCGACGUGGAUCAUCCUGCUCGUUUCACAUAGGACGACGAUGCUCGACACGCGGCGAUGAAUUACGAAUGAGCUCUCGCUCUACGUAUAGAACACCGAUGAACACCGAUGAUGAGCGAGAGCGUGACAGAGAAGAUCGUUGCGAUAAUCGCAUAGAAGAGAUUCACGAGAGAGAAACAUGCCUGUAGUCGGACAUGUUCCACAAGUUUCCACCGUAGCAGCGCAUCUCAAGAAAUGAAGCACUGUCGUCACGAUUCCAGAGCUACAUUUGUACCAUAUACUGCAUUCAUUCGAUUUAUGAAGAUAAUCAUAGUGAUAUAAGGAUGAAAUGUGGCAUUUGGAUCACGUGACAAUAAGGCCUAACCAAGCGACAAUUGCCUAAUGUUAGCCCUUUCGUUGUGAAAGGGCUAUUCUUGAAGUUCUUCACCGCCCAGGAGCCUUUUCCACCACCCAGGAGGCUUUUCCGCCACCCAGGAGCCUUUUCCACCGCCCAGAGAGGCCUUAUCCUCAUAAAUUCAAAGUUGUCGAAGUUGUUUGUAUUGCCUUUUUGGUUAAAUUGAUACAAUGUUGACAUGAUUUGUUGAUCAGUAACAUGGAUAAUCGCGAAUUUUGCCAGAAAUAAGAGAAGUUACGUGCUUCCUUUGCAUCAGCAAAACACAGCAAAGAAUUUUUGAUGACAAAUGGACCGAAUGGAUGGAUCCACCGAUGGAAGAAUCUUUUGCUUGUACCAGGAAUUAUUGUUUUUCAUUUAUAAGGUAUUCCUUAUACGAUAACACUGAACCGGCUUCCAUUGUUGGAAAGAACGUAAUUGAUAUAGAAAGAGACCGGAGGAUAAGCGGGAUCAAGGUUUUCUCUGGAUUGUCCGCAGCCAAAGAGAAUAACUGUGAUAUUUUAAUCGUCUCUAGAGAAACACUAGUCUCAGAUUUGAAUUUUUUGAAUCUAAUUAUUGAAAUUGCCUAGCUCCGUUAUAGUGUAAAAUAUCUUUGUCAUUGCUAUUGCUAAUAUCUUUGGUAUAAAAAUCUAUCGUUGCAGUUAUAUAAUUACCAGAAUAUAUUGUCUUUGUGUAAAUAUGAAAUAUCAUAUGUUAUCUUAUAGCCGUACUGUAUAUAUAAGGUAUUGCGACAGUUUCUAACAAAAAUCUUUAUAUUGAUGUAUACACGUAUGUCAACACAAUAUCCCCCCGCCCCCCAGUCUGUAACGCUGCCUCGCAAAAGCCUUAUCGCCGUAUUAAAACUUUUUUUCUCAAGAUUUUUUAGGUGCCAUUUCAAGUACUUUUUCCCCAAUUCCUUAUUCAAGACUAUUGACUUGUAUUCAUUUCUGACUUUAGUCCUUUAAAUGAACUUCUAAACAAUAAUCCUUGCCUGUGUCGGUUUUUUACAUUCCCAUACCAGAAAAUAGGGAUGGAGGACCCUCUUCCCCUAUAGGGCACGUUUUUAAGAUAUUUUUUGUAAAAUUUCUAUGCUCUACUUCUUGCUAAUAUAUAGUGUCCAGGAUCUGGUUUAUUUGUCAAGGGUGCCCUGACCGUUAUUAACACUUUGCAGUGCUUUUACCAAUUCCUGUAUUGUACAGACUUGAAGAUAAUCAAUCGUUAAAUUGUGAGUUAGUUUAUUUCAUAUUUUUUAAGAAUUUAAAUAAUUAGAUAUCAUUACA